AUGCCCGUGCCCUGCUUGUGUCCCGUCUUGUCCCGUUCCCAUCCCGGUCCUGUCCCAUUCCUGUCCCUCUAUCCCCGUCGCGUUCCCAUCCCGGGAACUAUCCUAUCCUGUUCCCAUCCUGUCCUAUUCCCAUCUCGGUCCCGUCCCGUUCUCACCCCGGUCCCGUCCCGUUCCCGUCACGUUCCCACCGCUCCCUCCGUCCUGUUCCAGUCCUGGUCCUGUCCCGUUCCCGUCCCUGUCUCACCGCUCUACCCGUCCCGUUCCCAACCCAGUCCUGUCCCAUUCCCAUCCCGGUUUUGUCCCGUUGUCAUCUCGGUCCUGUCCCAUUCCCGUCCCUCUCCUCCCGUCCCGUUCCCCUCCUCGUCCUGUCCCGUUCCCAUCUCAGUUUUGUCCCGUUUUCAUCUCGGUCCUGUCCCAUUCCCGUCCCUCUCCCCCGUCCCGUUCCCAUCCUGGUCCUGUCCUGUUCUCAUCUCGGUCUUGUCCCGUUCCCAUCCUGGUCCCGUCCCAUUCCCAUCCCGGUCCUGUCCCGCUCCCAUCCCGGUCCCAUCCCAUUCCCGUCCUUCUCCCCCCGCCCGUGGCGCGUUUCCUCCUCCUAGCCGCCAGGGGGCGCUCCGCCCCGCGCCGCCGUGCCGCGGGCGGCGCUCCGGCCCCGCUUUGUUGCCGGGAGCUGAUUGGUGCGUGGCGGCGGUGACGCCAUUCCCGGUGGCCGCGCUGUGCUUGCGGGUCCCGUGGGAUCUUCGGGACCCCCGGCCCCGCUCCUCUCCCGAGCCAUGGAGUUCCCCGCCGUUCUCUUCCCGUCCUACUUCGGCGCCGGCCCGCCGCGGGAAGAGGGCGGCCCGGCGCCGGCCGCUGGCUGGGGCGAGCACGGCCAGGUGCUGGAGGGCAGCCCCGGCCCCAGCCGCCGCCAGGCGCAGUCGGCGUUCGUGCCCCGCCGAGGCGGGAAGGACGAAACUUGGAACCCCGCCGAGGCCGCGGCCAUGCCGGUGCUGCCGCCCAGCGCCGGUGAGAGCCGCGGGAGCAGCGGGGGAUGCUGCGCGGCGGCCCUUCGGGGCGCAUCCCGUCCCGCCUCCACCCGUGCCCGGGGGUGCUGAGCGUUGUCCCGGUGCUCGUGUCCCGGUGCCAGGCGGCCCCUGCCCUCUCCCCACAGGCCGCUGGAUCCCGUCGCCCACUCCUCAGGACAUCCUAUACCGCAACAGUGUGUGCAGGAAGCUCCGGCCAGGCAGGUCUGGAGCCACCCUGGACUUCGCCAAGCAGCUGGGCCAUUUCUUUGUGGAUCAUCCAGAGGAUGCGUUCGGCUCCAUGGGGCGCCUGCUGCACAAGAACUUCUACCUGGGCAACUCCAGCCUGAAGAGGCCGGCCCGGAGCAGCACCAUCCGGAUGACGGCCCUGAUGGAGGACAUUGACCGCCUGGAGGCCCGGCGCGGCUGCCACCGGCAGCACUUGGCCUCCCGCCUGCGCUGGUUCUCCCACCUGUGCCGUGACUGGCUCUUUGAGGUGCCACUGGGGCUGCUGGCGGACUGCCUGCACGAGGAGCUGCUGCUGCAGUGGUCUGACCUGCUCUUCAAUGACAGCCUCACAGGGGGGGCACUGGCCUGGCUGCCCCCCGGUGACACAGGGUCAUGUACUGGCUGCCUGGUGUACCCCGGAGGGCAGGCCAUGAACCACCUCUUUUUCCAGGACAUGGUGCUGGAGGAGCUGCCCCGUGCCCGAGGCUCCCCGGCACAGUUUGAACUCAGCGGGCGCAUCUGGCAGGUGGCUGCAGCCCGAGUGGAUGGGGAAGAUUUCAUUGGAGUCCGCUCGGACUAUCACUGCGGAGUUUGGAGGGUGCCAGGCAGGACAGGGACAGCUCCCACCCCACUGCAGGUCAUCCGUACGGAUGUGCCUGCCUCCUGCCUCACUGUCAGCCCUCACCUUCCUGGGGAGCUGGCAGUCUGCACUCAGAGUGGGACCGUCUACCUCUGGAGCGUCGAGACAGGGCUGCAGCAGCUCCGCCAUGACCCCCAGACCAUGUUUUUUCGAGACCAUUCACCCUGGCGCUGGAGCGACUUCACUGCCCACCCACGGGUGCUGAACUGUGCUGACCGCACCGGCCUGCAGUGCCUGGAUGCCCGGGCCCCCAAGAAAUGCCACUUCGACUUGUUCAAGGUGGGCGAGGAAGCUGGCUGCCAGCAGGGUGAGCGCGUGGUGCUGCCCAUGUACCUGGGCAGGGCUCACCCCUCACAGUACCUUGUCACCACCCAGGGCUGGCCGCCGUGCUGCAAGAGGAUGGGACUUGUGAGACCAUGCUGGUUUUCCAGCUCUCCGAGGCUGGGGAUGUCUUCUGCCAGAGGCUGACCCACGAGGCAGUGCGUCCCCCUGCACCCACCUUGAGGGAUGAGGCCACAACAGCCCCUGGCUCUUCCCCUCUCUUCGAGGCUCCAGCCAGCAGCCCACUGGGCUUGGGCAGUGAGGAGGAAGAGCAAACGUUC